UUCCUAACGCCAACUCAAGAGACGCCCUCCAACAAUAAGAUGGCAUCCUCCUCAUCCCGGAGCGUUGAGCGCACGAUUCAUCAAGACUAUAUCGCACGAAUUCGAUACUCCAAUGCCUUACCACCUCCCCCAAAUCCCCCGAAGCUCCUCGACAUCCCCAAUACCGGUCUUGCGAGCGGCCAAUACACAACGCCUGGGUUUGCAUCGCGACUUGCGCGAGAACAACCGCUCAAUAUUGAAGCAGAUGCAGAGCUUGGAAUGCCAUUAGAUCUGGUGGGCAUGCCAGGAAUCUUUGAUGGCGAUGAGAGUUCCAUCCAAGCUCCGUUACAUCCACCAGCUCCUCAUCCUCAUGACCGUGCACUACUUCGACCAUUAUCAACCCUCGGCAAGCCCAAGUUCUCGGACUCUGGUGUCUCCUUCCUUCGACGUACUGAAUACAUCUCAUCCUACACAUCAAAAUCGCGCUUUGAGUCUACUACAUCAAGAUCCUUGAUUGACAAUACUGGACAUCGCUUUAAGCGGCCCCCAACAAACGUCGAUAAGGAAUCACCUGAAUUCAUUAAGAACCAGGUUGAGAAGAGUUUCGAAGUAGCCGCAGAUAACCUGAAGGGGACCAAGACAAUUCGACACCCCUCAAACCCAAAUCUGAAGCUUCAGGCUUCUUACCCUCUUCUACCUGACCUCGAUGCAUUCACUGAUGCUGGAGGAUAUAUCACAAUCAAAUUCUUGACCAAUCCGGUACCUCCAAGCUCAACUUAUGACGUCCGUCUCGAACACAGCUUGUUACGGCCGGUACCGCCAACGGAGGAGGAGCAAAUGGCAAAAGAUGCAGCCAAACAAGCACACGAGCUUGACCCAGAGCGGAACCCUCCUCCCGAUGAGACUAUUGAAUACGAAUUCUUCCUUACCGAGACGCCUGAAGAAGCCUCGAAGUUCAAGCGGAAAUUCGACGCAUUAGAUUCGGAGAAAGAUGAGGAAGCGCUCUAUACCAGCACGAACGGCAGUGGCAAUGGUUGUUUCCGCUUCAAGAGAAUCCGUGCUUAUGAGAGCGCUUCUCAGACGGGAUCAGUUCACGACAAGUACGACGACGAGGUGAUGAUUGCUAUUCAUGACGGGUCCGACGGUCUUCACCAAAAAGCCGCGUAUUACUACCCUAUUCUCCAAAGGACCGCGAUCCGUCCACAGAGGACAAAAAAUAUCCACAAGCACCGGCUUGGGCUUACGAAUCCGGACGAGGAAGAGAAGAAAACAGAUUUCGUGGAUAUGCGGGUUGAGGAUCCUACGGAUGACAUGAAAGCCGCAAGGGAUAUCUACAGGGAAUACCCGUAUGGGAAGGAAGAUGCACAAGACGAUGAAGAUGAUGAUGCGAAUGGUGAAGUGAAUGGGAACGAUAAGGGAUCACAGAGCCCGGAGCCGAAAGAUGAUUGAAGAUCCGGCGAUGACGCGGUGGUCUGUUAAUACAUGAAGCUAUUGGGGGAUUCGGUAAGGGCAUAGCACCCGGCGUUAUUGAUUGCUCUC